AAGAUUGACCCAAAAAAUGGGGCAGACUGAGGCACCUGGAAGCAACUGUGGUAGUCCUCUGCUUAUUCCUUCUGUAAUCCACAAGUGUUUGUUUUCUGUUGGAGGAUAGACUUGUGUGUAUCACAUAACCUGCUCUUAUUCUUUACAGUGGGCAUGCUAGUUAUCAAUUCAAUUUCUGGAUGGGGGAUGGGAUUGAAUGAGACAUUUUCUCAUUAGCUUUCAUCACCAAAAUGUUCAGCAGUCUUGAUUGAAAUGAAAGUGACAUUAAAUCAUGCACUUUGGAAGUUAUUGCACAAUCCAUGCACAUUCUACAACCAAUGCAUGCUUUCAUGAUUUAGUUGAAGUAUCUUCUUCAUUUGCAGCACCUCGCAGAAUAAGACAUUUUCAUCGCCAGGUGGUCUUCUCCUAGGAUGACAAAUACUUUUAUCAGCUAACCUUUCAAAUCAGAGUUUAUUCUCCUAGUAUGAACAAAACUGUAUAUAGAGAUGGAAAUAAAGAAUCAAAGCACUGUGACAGAAUUUAUUUUAAUAGGUUUUUCUACCAUCUCCUCAGCACAGUUUAUUCUAUUUGUAGCCUUUGGAUCAGCUUAUACUGCAGCUCUGGCAGGUAACAUUUCUAUUAUCACAAUAAUUAGACUGUGUUCUACUCUUCAUACGCCCAUGUAUUUUUUCUUGGUCAACCUCUCUCUUUUGGACAUUUGCUGUAUCACUGUAAUUGUUCCCCCGACGCUGAGGAAUUUAAUGAACAAGAAGACCAUCUCUGUGCAAGGCUGCUUCACGCAGGCAUAUUUUUUUGUCAUUUUCCUAGGCUCUGAGCUCUUACUACUGGUUGUAAUGGCCUUUGAUCGCUAUGUAGCCAUCUGUCAUCCUUUACGUUACACUGUUAUAAUGAACAGGAAAGUCUGUAAUUAUUUGGUGAUUGUGAUAUGGGUAUGUGGUGUUCUCCUUGCAAACAUUCAUAUUCUUUCCCUCCUGCGCUUAUCCUUCUGUGGACCUAGGACUAUCAAUCACUUUUUUUGUGAAUUACCUCCUCUGCUACUACUUUCUUGUACUGACACAACAUUCAACCGAUACCUAAUGCUGGUGACAGAUAUCUUCUUGGGAUUUGGUUGCUUCUUAUUGACUCUAGUCUCCUAUGUCUACAUUGUUUCCUCCAUCCUGAAGAUACCUUCUGUACAAGGGAAAAAGAAGGCUUUCUCUACCUGCUCUUCCCAUGUUAUGGUGGUGACUCUUUUCUACAGCUCAGCAAUCUACACCUAUGUCAGACCUAUAUCCAUGUACUUGGACGUUGACAAAAUUAUAGCUGUACAAUACACUGUGAUCACUCCUGUUCUCAAUCCCAUUAUCUACUGUCUAAGGAACAAAGAAGUGAAAGAUGAAUUUAAGAAAUUUGUAAGGCUCAACAGAAACUAAUUGAAUCCUCAACUCAGAAUUGUAACAUUAGAUGAGUUAUUUAGCUGACUCAGUGAGUUAACAUGGUAAAUACUAGAAGUAUCUUGUACAGUGAGAGCCACCAUGGUGCAGUGAUAUGAGUGUUGUUCUCUGGGAAGAAACCAAAUUAAGAAUUCUUAAUAAAUUGUUUUAAAGUCAUACCCUCUUAGUAAUGCCAUAGAAAAUCUUCUCUGGAUAAAAUUUGUCUUGAAAAACUUAUGAUAGGGUUGCCUUCAGAACAAUAUUCUGUACAGUUUCCGAAGCACAAACACCAGAAUCUUAUCUUAUUUUUUCCUAUUCUGGGCUAGACAAAAGGCUUUAUCUAUGAACAUGAGAGCUAUAGCUUCUCUGCAUAGUUUGAGGGCAUUGGUAUAUUACACCUACUUUUUAAAAAUUCCCAUGGAUGUAGUCAAUGCCCUUCAAUGUCCAAUAAAGCAUCCAGAAGUUAAGUAAGAGGUGUUUUGUUUUGAAGACCAAACUAGUGGAAGAUAAUUACUUUGACCCCAAUAAUUGGAGAGAAACCUUUCCAAUUACUAUUUCUCAUCUCUCAGGGAGAGAAGAGUAACCAGGCACAUCUCCAUUAUGUUUGGAGGGAUACCAUAUCAUAUGUGAAAUGAAAGCAAGCAGAAUCUUGCCUUUUGCUUAGAAAGAAAAGGGACAUGGUGAAGUCCUGAAUUUAGUUGUACUAUAGGGCUUGUCUAUACAAAUAAAUUGUAGGUACAAUGUGAAUUUAGUGGAAUGAUGAGGAAAUCGUAGAUAAAAGGUAAUCAAAUGACCAUACAGAGAGCAAGAAAACCCCAGAAACAUGGUAAUCAUAUCAUUGGACCUGAACUUGUUUUCUGAGGGAAGACAGCAGAGAAAUCUUCUAUAUCCAAAGUUGUUAAAGUGUUACUAAAUGACUUAUGAUAUUUAUUUUGACCUUAUAUGUGCAAUCUAAUGAUCAAAUUAUUGUCACUGGAAAAAUGCAUAUCAAUAUAUGUAUAUGUAUCCGGCUGGAGUGAAGAAUAUUUUUUGAAUAUUGUAGUAGAUUUUUGCGUAUCUUUGGGUGCUGAAUAAAAACAAUAAAAUAUAACACACAUCUCUUUCAAAAAAUUCAUUAAUUAUUUUAGCACUUACUUCAUUUAUUUAGACACAUAUUUAUAAAUUUAUUUAUUCAUUUACUUUAUUUAUACUUCGCCCUUCUCACCCUGAAGAGGACCUCAGAGAGGCAUACAAAUAGGCAACAAUUUGAUGCUGCAUAAACAGACAUACA